CUGACUGGUGUGUUUCAGAUGCUGGGGACUCUCACUGCUGUGCCCAUCAAGGUGCCUCAAGUCAGCUCCCUGCACCGGCUGGCAGGGCAAGCAGCCUCUGUGCUACCUCAGGUCAGGCCAAAGACCCACAUCCCCGACAGCCUCCCCCACGGCCCCCGCAGCCCCCGCCACGAGCUGCAGCCCCUCAGCCUGCAGAGGGCCACCGCCGUGGUCAGCCCCCGCAGCCAGGGGCCCCGGAUCCACACCCAGGGCCCCCAGAACCAGAGCCAGAACCAGAACCAGGGCCCCAGGAACCAGGGUCUUCACAACCAGAACCAGGGCCCCAGGAGCCACACCCAGGGCCCCCAGAACCAGAACCAGAACCAGAGCCCCAGGAACCAGGGUCUCCACACCCAGAGCCAAGGCCCCCAGGGCCCCCGGGGCCCCACCCUGCCCACCGCCAACAGCACCCUAAGCCCCGCCCACCACGCCACGGCCACGGCGGGGGCGGGGCCCGGGGUGGCGUACGCCAUCAUCGCCGCCGGCAACGGGGUGUCCGCCGUCAGCGAGGCCGUCAAGCCUCAGGCCCCCAGCAGCAGCGAGGGCUCGCCGGGGGUCCCAGCAGACCUCCCGACUCAGGAGGCCCCACCGGGCCCCAAAUCCCCAAAGCAGAAGAAGGAGGAGGACCCAGAGCACCUGGAAGAGAUCCAGACGAAGAGGCAGGAGAGGAAGAGGAGGAGCACAGCCAACCCGGCCUACAGCGGCCUGUUUGAGCCGGAGCGUAAACGGCUGGCCUCGCAGUACCUGAACAGCUCGCUCUUCCUGUCAGCACGAGGUAACCCGUCAUACCCGCCCCCACACAGAUUUAAUACCACUUAUUCUAUUUUAUUACUGAGUGUUUUUUCUCACACACAGAUUUAA